AUGGCACAAGGAUUGGCGGCUAAAUAUUUUCUAGAAACUUUUUUGAUCUUCUUGUGUUUUUGUUUUUCGUUUAACAGUGCCCAGUUGCUCGAAAAGGCGCGAUCGGUUUGGGUGGAACAGGGAUUGGUCAAAGGUAAAAUCUACAAAAUCGAUGAUCGACAUGUGCAAAUUUUUCGAGGGAUUCCUUAUGCUGAGCCACCGAUCGGCGAUUUGAGAUUUAAGAAACCAGUGAAGAAAUCGAGAUGGCAUCAAGAAAUGUCUGCUGUCGAGUACGGGCCUCCAUGUCUUCAAUUCAUGGACUUUCAUCGACACGAUCGAUACGCGAGAGACAAUAUGAAGAGGGAAAGCGAGGAUUGUCUAUACUUGAAUGUUUUCUCGCCAUAUGAUAUGGAAGACGAGUCAAACCUCUAUCCAAUACUUGUUUGGAUCCAUGGUGGCUCAUUCCUAGCCGGCUCUGGCGACACGGGAAUCGACAUGGAAACAGUGGCCAAAAAUAUCGUCUUCAAAGGAGUCACUUUGGUCACAAUCAACUACAGAUUGGGACCAUUAGGCUUCAUCAAUAUGUACGAUGGAGAGAAGAUGGAGGGGAACUUUGGUCUCUGGGACAUGGUGAUGGCAUUGCAAUGGAUUCAAGCAAAUAUCAAACAGUUCAACGGUGAUCCGACUCGAGUGACGGUGAUGGGUGAGAGUGCAGGAGCUGCUGCUGCAUCAGUGCUUGCUUUAAGUCCAAAGACAACAAAUCUCGUUCAUCAAGCGAUCAUCAUGUCGGGCAGCAGUGUCGCUGGUUGGGCUCUCCACCGGCACGGCACUCCACAUUGGAGUGUUGAGAAUAUGGCCACCUAUCUGAGGAGUGUCCAAUUCAAAAAUCUCUUCAAAGCUCUCAGACGCAUGCACAAGUGUGAGAAAGCGAUUAGUGAAGAGGAUGCGGCAGAGAUCGUUGGCGAGGAUUAUACGAAAGAUGAGAUCAAAGCAAAGCACUGCAAUUAUCAGGAUCAACAUGUGGAUUGUCUGAAAAAUCAUGAUCUCAAAGCUGGUGAACUUCUUGAAUGCAUGAGAAAAGAGCUCAACUUGACCUCUUCUCUUCUAAGAAAAGCUUUGGCAAUUGAGCUCGGAGUCUCGAAACUGGUUGUCGAUGGAGAUCUGAUCCCGGCAGCUGGCGGAGAUCUCUUGUCAAACGCCCGAAUCCCGAUCAUGACUGGUGUCGCCAAGCAGGAAUGGGCUCACAAAAAGCCGCAAUUCUACAGCUUACCGAAAAACAAUAUACUUGAGCGAAAAGAUGUGGAACAAGCUGUUUACCGGAUCAUUGAGAACUCGUUUCAUGUUGGGGCUAAUGAUCGUCUCUCGAAUGCCACUCUUCAAUUGAUCGCCAAUGCUUCAUUUGUUCGUUAUUUGGAUGAUCCAUCGAACACUUUUGAGACAGGACGAGUGGUGGCAGCGCUGCAAAAUAUGGAAGCCGACAUUGAGUUCGUUUCCCCGUGUCAAAGAGAGAUCGACGCAUACGCAAGCAACGGUCUUCCCGUCUAUGCGUAUUCGUUCGACUAUGUUCCUGAGUCGCCGAUCUACGAAGAAGAGAUGAAAACCUUCCACCUAUUUGGCAAAGAUCCGAUCAAGAUAGAGCGAAAGGAUGGAGGAGAACGACGCUUGCAAGCAUUUCAUGGUCUUGAUCACGCCUACAUUUUCUCGAGAGGCUACAGCAGCAAUUUCGAGAUUAAACCAUUCACGAAAAAAGACGAGACAAUGUCGGCAAUGUUGACGAAUAUGAUGACGAAUUUUGUGAAAACCGGCGAUCCAUCCACAAAACGAUUCGCUUUUCCAGCAUUUACAAAUGAAAGCGGAGAAUACGUGGCAAUCAAUGUGCCUCCUGUAGUUCACAAGGGGGAUCUCCAUUGGCCGAAACCGAAAUUCUGGAACAUUGAAGCUGAAUUGAUAUCAAAAUAUGUGCCAAGAGAAGGAGAUCAAGUCGUCGAUCCCGAUGCCGAUUUGACGAAUGAGGAAAGAGUUCAGCUUGGCGCCUAUCGGCGAGCUUGGUGGGCUUUGUGGGUUCUCGUCAUCAUUUUGGCCAUUGUCAUUUGGGGAAUCGUUGCCUAUUGCAUUUUGAGAAAACAAUGUUCGGUUAGAUCAAAGCCUUAUGACAACAUUGUGGUGCCAAGG